AUGGAUCCCGCCUUGGUGAAAGAGCGCGAGGCGUUCUUGCGCAGAGCAAGAACCAUGCAGUAUGUGGAGAACUCGCGCGUAACUCAGCAAUCUGCAUCGUCGUCACUGAAAAGUAGUAGUCCUGGCCCAUCCCCUGCUAAACGCCCUGCAACAAACCCAGCUCAGAGAGACUACCUAACAAUGGACACUCGUCCUCAAAACCAAGGCCGAUUUGCACUCCUGUCAAAAGUUGUAAAAUAUAUGAAGGUAUCCGUUUAUAUUAAGGGUUUAGAUAUCAUUUAGCAACGCCAUUUGGAGCGUGACAUUCACCCUCUUUCCGUCGAAGAAAUACUGGAAGAAACUAUGCUCCAGGACUCUCCGUUAUCAGACGUUAAGUGGCUUGAAACUGAGGUAUUUUAUGAUUAG